GUUGCUUUGAAUGAAUCUUAACUAACGCAUUUCAAAACUUGAAGACAAUUCAAUUUCAGGCUAAGUUUCUGAAGCAACCCUACCCCACAAGUUUCUCAGGAGCGCUAAAUACAGCAGUGAAUUGUGAAUUCAAGUCAAAGGCCAAAUUUUUGGACAAUACCACUAUGGGAAUUAUCUCAUUUAGUCGUCAGUGGGCACAACUGGUGUUCGUAAGACCUACCAGCACUUGUCCUCUUGUUCUUACGAAAAGAAACUUCGCAGAAGAGACUUAUAAUUGUAAUAAAGUGAGAGUAAGGUUUGCUCCCAGCCCGACUGGUUUUCUGCAUCUAGGCGGCUUGCGCACAGCCUUUUAUAACUAUUUAUUCGCCAAGCAAAGUGGUGGGAGUUUUGUUCUACGAAUUGAAGAUACGGACCAAGAUCGUCUUGUGCCAAAUGCCAUGGAACAACUUGAGGAUGAUUUAAUUUGGGCUGGAAUUCAGCCUGAUGAAAGUCCUAGAGUUGGAGGAAACUACGGGCCUUAUCAACAGUCCCUUCGCCUAAGUUUAUACCAAAAAGAAGUUGUGCCGCUGCUGGAAAACGGGUCUGCAUACCAUUGCUUUUGUACAGAAAGUAGACUGAAUUUACUCCGGCGGGAAGCUUUGAGAGCAAGGCAAAACCCUAGGUAUGACAAUAGAUGCCGAAAUUUAUCGCAGGAGGAAAUAAACAAGAAACUCAACGCAGGGGAAAGUCAUUGCAUUAGAUUCAAAUUAACACCCUUCAAAGAAAAAAUGAACGAUAUUAUUUUGGAUGAAUAUGAAAUCAACGUUGCAAGCAUUGAGGGUGAUCCAGUAAUCAUGAAAAGUGAUGGUUUUCCUACUUAUCACUUUGCCAAUGUAGUUGAUGACCACUAUAUGGAAAUCUCACAUGUUUUGCGAGGCGUCGAGUGGAUGCAGUCCACCACAAAACAUUUAUUGUUGUACAAAGCUCUCGGUUGGGACCCUCCAGUUUAUGGACAUAUGCCUCUGUUGAUGAAUAAAGAUGGUACAAAAAUAUCGAAACGCCAGAACGAUUUAACAGUCAAAAGUUUGCGAGAGAGGGGAUUUUAUCCUUUGACUCUUUUAAACCUAGUAUCACAUAGUGGAGGCGGUUUCAAGGAUCUCCCACCAAAAUCUUCAAUCUUAACUCUAGAUCAACUGGCUGCAGGUUUUGACAUAAAUCUCAUAAAAUCAAGUUCUUGUCAGCUUAUGAUUCACAGGCUAUCAGAAUUCAAUAAUUUGGAGCUUCAGCGACGUGUUGAAGAUGAGACAGAGUUCGAUCUUCUCAAAAACGAAAUCAAGAAUAAAAUCCAAAGAACUUUCUCUGGCAAUUCCAAUUUACAGAUGAGUGACGAAUACAUCACAACAAUUCUCACCUGGAGUUUAUCUAGAAUUUCAAAUGUUGACGAUCUCUUUACACCAAAUUUUGCUUUCCUUUGGGUGAAACCUAAGUUAGACUUGAAGAUAACUGAUGUCGAGAAAAGUGAUUUGCAAAGCUUGAUCGGAAUCCUAGAGAAUGUGGAACUUUUCAAUCGGGAAACUUUAGGGAAAACUUUAAGAGCUUACAACGAUGAGAGAGGUUUGAAGUACAAGAAAUUUAUGAUGAGCUUAAGGAGUGUGUUGAGUGGCUUGAAGGAAGGACCAAGCGUUACUGAAAUGAUGGAAUUACUUGGCAAACAGAACACGAUAGAUCGCAUACAAGAGGCGAUCAAGAACUCAUGAAACUUUAUAUUGCGUAUGUCAGUUGAAAUCAAUCUAUUUGUUUGUCUACAUGGAUAAGUGUGCCCCUAACCUUGGCAAAGUUUACAUCAGUUCGCCAAACUAGUUUUAGCUCACAAUCAGUUCGAAUAGGUAUGGAAAAGAGCAAGUUCAUCCUUUCGCUGUACAUAAGUUUGCCUGUAGCCUGUUAAUGUAGUUGGAUAGAAGUUGGUCAGUGUGGAAGGAACGUCAGAGAAAACUGAAGGGCCUUUGAACACAAAUACGUAGUCAAAUUUGUUUCCAACUGGCAUAUUUGGUGUGAAGCGUGCAGGCUUAUACACAUUUUCAGAUUAUUCUUACUGUGUAAGCUGACAAUACUCUGUAAUUUUUCAUCAUAAGAUAUCUGGUUCUUUUUAUGUUGAGGGCAAAGAAAUACUCACUAGGAACAUGGCUCAAGUAUUAAUUGUUUCCCUUUGGGAGGCAUUACAACUCUACAUCUUUUUUUUUUCAUUUGCACAAUGACUUUACAUGCUGGAUCCUAAGAAUUUUUCAGUGGUAUUGGUAUACCGGGUGCUUGUCCGAAAAAUCUAUUUUUCAAAUUUUUAAAAUUUUUUAAAACUUUAGGACAUAUUUAGCACUAAUUCAGAGGUAGAGCCUAAUUUUGUUUGGGAAAAAGAGGGAAACUUGUUCGCAAAAUUAGACAAUGAAGUCAUGAUUGAUGUUGUAUUACCCUUGUUGCAGAUGGAAAGACCCCAAAUGCUCUUUUCGCACUGACCCUCGUCUCAAACUUACUAAUAUUCCCACAAUUAUUAAAUGGAAAGGAGGAAGAAUAAUUGAUGACGAAUGUUCCAAAGUAGAUGUCCUGAGAAAAUUUUUCUUGGGAUGAACCUAGUGUUUCAGAGCUAAAUUUUGAAAUUUUGUAAAAUCUUUAAUAAACGAAAAUAUUUUUGCA